UUCUUAAACUAGUUUUAUCACAGUCAUAUGACAAGGAAGUUAAACCGAUAAGAUUAACACCAACAGAUGGCAAAAUAUUUAUGACAAACAUCAAAUAGAUCAUCAAGGAGGAUUGUAAACUUUAAAACAAGACAUAGGAAGUUCUCUUUUGUUUAGACAUGGCUGUACCAGGAAGAAAGAUGCCUGAAAGAUUUUCAUCAUCAUCAACUAUGGGGUCUGAUGAAGACAUUAAAGUGUAUUGCCAGCCUUGUGACCAUGACGGUCCUAGACUCCCUGCCCAUGGCUAUUGUGUUGACUGCAGGGAGCACUUGUGCCAGACUUGCUUUACGUUUCACAAGAGACAUACCCUUUCAAGGCAUCAUACUCUUCUAGAUAAAAACAACAUGCCACAGACCAUUUCUUCGACCUCUGUUCAUCCAAGCCAGCCUGACAAUCUUACCAAACCUUGUGAUAAACACAUGAAAGAAAUGAUCAAGUUCUACUGUCAGAACCAUGAAGCUUUACUCUGCAGUGUAUGUGUUACUCUUGAACACACACGUACAUCUUGCAAAGUCAACUAUAUCCCCGAUAUUUCUGCUCAGGUCAUAAAUAGCAAAGAGCAUCAAGUUAUCUUAAAAGGUAUGGAUACCAUCACUGAGCAAUGUCACAAGAAAUCAGAAGAUGUAAAGAAAAUUACUGCAAAGUCCAACAGUUCUUUGACAGAUGUAUUGGCUGAUAUAAAGAAGUUUCGGACUGAAAUAAAUCAAAGACUAAAUGAACUAGAAAGACAAGCUGAAGAUGCAGCAAAGACAAUCCAACAAGAAAACAACAAGAACCUGAAGACAGUAGAAACAACUUGCGAUGAUGUAACCAAGUCUCUGAAGACAUCAUCUGAUGCCAUUAAACAUCUCAACACAACCAAACAAGCAGACAAACUUUUCAUGGAGCUGAAAUUAGCUGAGCAAAUGGCCAAAGAUUAUGAAAAACGUGUGCACCACCUAUCAGUAUAUGGUGUCAAAGAGUACAACUUUAGACCAAGUAAAGCAAUAUCAACCCUUCUUGGCAAGGAGAGGUCACUGGGUACAUUUACAGAGAAAUCACUAAAACAAUCAAAUCCUCCUACAGCUGUUGAUAUAAAAACCAGACAAACUUCCCAUCAGGGUAAAAUCUGUGUAAAGACAUCAAAAGAUAAAGACACAUGCUAUAUAACAGGAAUGACUCUCCUUACUCCUGAUCUACUUAUCAUCACUGACAGGAACAACGAGGCUGUAAAAAUGGUGAAUACCCGCAAUAAAUCUGUUACUGAUCAGUUACAACUAGAUACUGUAGUUAGUAAGGUCACCUCAGUUACCAGUACAGAACUUGCUGUCACACUUCCUGACAAACAAAGUAUUCAGUUUAUAUCAGUCUCCUCAAACAAACUCGAGAAGAAACAAACUCUGAAGGUUGAUGGAGAAUGUUAUGGUUUCAGUUGCUGUCAGGGGAAAUUUGUUGUGUCAUUUCAAUAUCCUGCAAAACUCCUAAUUCUUGAUACCAAUGGUACUAUACUGACAACAGUCAGAGGAGGAAAUAUUUUCAGAAAUCCAGUAUAUGUUACCACUAACACUAAUUCUAUAUAUGUAUCCGACAGGAACAUGGUAACAAUUACAAGGUUAAACUGGCAGGGUGAGGUGACUGGUAGUUAUGAUGGUACGUCUGAGCCUCGUGGUAUAACACUGUCAGAUGAUGGUACUGUUUUUGUGUGUGACUGGGAGAGAAAUGUUAUAGAAGAGAUAGCCGGUGACUGUUCUACAGGAAAAGUUGUAUUGAAGGACCUCAGUUCUCCCUGUUCUGUCUGUUGGUGUGCUGAAACAAGUAAACUGUACUUCAGCUGUUGUACUAGAGAAGACAAACAUGACAACUUUCUCCAGGUCUUCAAGCUGUCAUAACUAGAACAAAACUCAUCAACAGUUUAACCAAUGUAUACUGUGAAAUCAUUCAUAGUCAUGGGGGACAAAUUUUCAUGAAGUUUGUGACUGUGUCAGUCCUUGGCAAACAAAGAAUGUUCCUAUUUAUCCUAUCUUUGACGGGACAUGCCUUCAAAUAAAAGUCAGAUUUAAAAAAAAAAUAGCAGUUGGUUUUAAUUAUCUAAAUUGAUAAAACUAGUAUUGUUUAAAUAGAUUAUUAAUGUGUACAAAGUACAGCAAAAUUCCUUCUAUUUUACAUCAAACUUCAAAAGUGUAACUUAAAAUUUUUCAGAUUUUUAUCAUUUAUUUUUUCUUAACUUAAACGAGUGUUAUUGUAGAUAAUUAGAUAUGUGUCCAGUGUGUUCUUCUUCCGAGAGUAGAACUUGUGCUUGACCAGUCUGGUCUUUGUAUAAAGGAAGAACUCGUACCAAGAUGUCUGGUACACUUUUAUUGUGUUGACAGUCUUGAAAAGUGAUUUUAAAUGUGAUUUUUUUAGAAUUUCUAAAACAAGAAUGUAGAUUUCUACAUACAUGAUGUUUGUUAAUGAUGUUUUUGUCUUGUUAUUGACAAUAAACUUUGUAAAACCUGU